AUGCAUACUCACAAGAUUACUGAAAAUGAAGAUGAUUUAAUUUUCAAACAUUUGAGAAUUGGUACUGAUAAUAAUAGUUCUCAUUCAAGUAUUUCAAGUGAUGAAUUUUCUAAUAAAACAGAUAUUAUUAACGACAUCCGAUUAUGGGCUAUUGAAAAUCAUGUCAGUCAUUCUGCUACUAGUAGUUUACUGAAAAUUCUAGUAAAAUAUGGCCAUAAUCUUCCUCUUGAUGCUCGAACUCUGUUCCAAACUCCCAAGCAAGUAGACAUUAUUGAAAUGACACCAGGCAAAUAUUAUCAUGCAGGUUUAAGUGAUAGUUUAAGAAAAUCUAUUCGUAAGCAUUAUUGUCAAAGUAAUUUACCAUCUCAAAUAAAUAUUAAUGUGAAUAUAGAUGGUCUUCCUUUAACAAAAUCUUCUGGCAGUCAAUUUUGGCCUAUUUUAGGUAGUAUAGUUGCAGAUUUUUACACUGAACCGUUUAUAAUUGGUGUUUAUCAUGGUUUUCAAAAGCCAAAAUGUUGCAAUACUUUUCUGAAAUAUUUCAAGGAUGAUUGUCUUGAAAUUUUUCGAACUGGUAUUGUACAGUAUGGCAAAAAAAUAACUGUAAAAUUGAAUGCAUUUAUCUGCGAUGCUCCUGCAAAAUCAUUUAUCAAGGGAACUAGAGGACAUAAUGCGUAUUUUGGAUGCGGUAAUUGUAUUCAAGAGGGAGAUUACGUAGAAAAUCGAAUUAUAAUAAUGGCGAAAAAUUUCGCUGUCGUUACUUUUCCAAGCGAUGGAAAUAAUGAAGAAGAAAUUGUAUCAGAAGUUCCAUCUUUAUGGCUUUCUUUCAAUUUAAAAGAAUGCUGGUGGCCAUUGGUAAAAAAUGUAAAUACCUUUAUUAUAAAACAAAUUCCACCUGUUAUUAAUGAUCCUAAAUGGGAAUCUUAUCCCAUUAAAUUUCAUGGAUAUUAUGAUUCAUUAGAGGAAGCUAGACAGAGAGCAACGAACUAUUCUUCAAGUGAGGAAAGCAAUAUAAAUGAAAUAAAGAAGUCACGCACAAGACAGUUGAAUAAAACUGUUUCUCACAAUGAGUCUGAAUCUGAUUCUGAUGACUCACGUUUAGUUAUACCAAAUCCACCAAAUCUUACUGUAAAUACAAAUGCCUCGCAAUCAGUUAACAAAAGUCAAUCUAUCGCAACUGUUAUUAAUUCAUCAGUUGUCAGCAAUGAUAUUGACCUGGAGAUUCUUGAUGGAACUUUAGUACCACUUAAAAGUAUACAGGAUGUACAUACGUUAAUAUCAGAUGGAUUCGAAAAAAUGGAAGGUCAUUUUAAAAAUAUAUAUACAGCUAUAACUACAGUUACAUUAGGAAUACAAGAUCUAAAUGUUCAUUUAACAAAUAUAGAAAAACAAAAUAAUCAACAUAAAUCCAAAGCAUCUGUCACGGAUACAUCAAAUAUACAUCAAUUUUUUCCAUUUAAAAAUAUAAAUGAAGUAACAGCUUUUGAAAACCGUUUAUCAGAAAAUGUAGAUGAGUACAACAAAUUUAUGCUGUAUAUAUCUCGCAUAGGCGGAAGGUCCGCCAAGGAAAAUUUAAUUCGCAUAUACCGAACUUUAUUUUCCAAUGAAGUUGCCAAAGAAUCAUCUUGGAAAGGAUUGCGAAAUCAUUUUAAAAUUAGUAGCUUAAAGUAUAUAUUAAUGGGAAUACUAGCAACAAUUUCCGGUCAACAUCAAUUCACAAACAAAGAAUUUGAAGAGGUCACAAAAGAAUGGUUUCGCCAAGGUGGUCAGAGGCUUAGCAGACAAAAAGAUUUCGAAGAAAUAAAUCCGCAAGUCAUUUAAAUGUUUCAGAUGCUUAUGAUUUAUUUUCAUUAUAAUUUUUUUCUAUAGUGGCUAGA